AUGUUCGUCUUACCACCACCUCCGAGAUAUCCUUCCCAAGCCGCAUACAGCCUUGCUGUUGCGAAUGGCCAAGUGACACCCAUGAUCGAGACAAACAACAAUUUGUCGCAUCCUACGGGGCCAGAAUAUCAGCUGGUUGUUGGUGAAGGAACAUACAUUCUAAAGGAUGACCUACAUCUUUCAACACCCCCUCCGCAUCCAUCGGAAGCUCCUAUUAUCAAUCCGAACCCUCUUGGAACAACUCCCCAGCCAGCCACCUCUGGAACCAAGCUCUCAUUGUUAUCAUUGAGCUCUAGAGGUGCACCACCACUACCUUUGUAUACAGAUGAGGUGAACAGAAGUGGCACUACGGGGUUCCGGACUAGUAUACAGGAGCACCCCAGCGAGGGUCGGCCAUCUGGUGACUUGGUACCCCCGAGCAGCGAUGGAGGCAGUAUAUCUAUGACGGGGAGUGGUAGAGGACCAGUGUCAAUCGGCUCAGCGCCAGCAUUCGGCAAAGGGAACCAACUGCUUUCACCAAGUGGGAAAGAUGCCGGUAAGCGACGCAAGCCAAAGAACAAUAUCGCAAAGAGCAAUUCUUCGUUCAUUUCACGGUGUAUUGUACACGAAAACCUAAGCAAGAGACUGCAAGACCGUCCGUCAGAUGGCUAUUUUGCUUUUGCAAACAUCAACCGCGCCUUCCAAUGGCUAGACUUAUCGUCACCUCAAAAGGUGGAUCAUUUCACAAAGAUUCUGUUUACCAAAGGACAUUGCCUCUGUCACGACGUUAAUCAAGUCACCAAGAGCCACAGCCAUAUAGAUCUCAUCAUGGGUUUCUCUACGGGUGAGAUCAUAUGGUUUGAGCCCAUCUCCCAGAAGUACACACGGCUGAACAAAAACGGAAUUAUUAAUACAACGCCUGUCUCUGAGAUCCGGUGGAUUCCCGGCUCAGAAAACCUCUUUCUCGCAGCACAUAUGGAUGGCUCUUUGGUAGUUUAUGACAAAGAGAAGGAUGAUGCAGCCUACCUGCCAGAAGAACACAGUCAGAAUGCCAAUGACGCCUCGGAACGAAGCAGCGGACAUGCUAACCACUCAGCAAAACUCCAUAUUGGCAAGUCGGUGGAUUCUAAGAACCAGAAAUUCAAUCCUGUCUCAUUCUGGAAGCUAUCGAAUCAACGGAUAAAUGCCUUUGCAUUUUCCCCUGACAACAGACAUAUUGCCGUUGUAUCCGAAGACGGUACUCUACGGAUUAUUGACUACCUGAAAGAACGGCUCUUGGACAUCUACUCGAGCUAUUACGGCGGGUUUAUCUGUGUCUGUUGGUCGCCGGAUGGAAAAUACGUGCUUACAGGGGGACAAGAUGAUCUCGUCUCCAUCUGGUCCGUAGCUGAAAGCACGAUCGUUGCUCGAUGUCAAGGCCACCAGUCUUGGGUGACAGCUGUCUGCUUCGAUCCAUGGCGCUGUGACGACCGGAAUUACCGUUUUGGCAGUGUAGGGGAAGAUUGUAGGCUUCUCUUGUGGGAUUUCAACGUGGGCAUGCUACAUCGUCCCAAAGCUUCUUCUGUGAGACAACGGGGCAGUAUAUUAUCACGGAUCGCAAAUAAUCCACUGCAAAGAGCCGAAACACAGACCACCACAGGCAGCAGAGUCAGGCCGAACUCUGUAGUUUCUGUCGACCGGGAUGAAGAAAGUACAAUCGAACAUCCUGUUGAGCCUAGAGCUACUACUGCGAUGUUACCACCUGUCAUGUCAAAAGUUAUCGACCCAGACCCACUAUAUUGGCUAGCCUUUACGCAGGAAUCAAUAAUUACGAGCUGCAAAACUGGACAUAUUCGCACAUGGGACCGGCCACAAGAUGGCGCAGAUAAGAGUGAUGCCAUCUAG